AUGCUCUCAGCAGUCGCAGCGGCAUACGGCAUUGCGGCCGAGGAGGAUCAGUUCGGCUUGACAUGGCCACUGCCGGACACGCCGCUGGAGCGAGUGAGCUGGCAGUACUACACGCAGUACUACGAGGUGCCCAUUGCGCCGCAGCUGCGCAAGGCCAUCGAGCAGCUCGCGACGCGCAUGCAGGACAAGGAGAUGGCUGCCCGGGAGCAGUACGGCAAGGCGUACGACCACCUCUGGCGCAUCGGGUGCGAGGCCAUCGCAAUCGAGGACAGCGUGUCGGAGGACCGCACCGCAUGGCGGGACGGGCGCGCCAUCAUGCUGAACGCGUCCACCACCUCACGCAACUACCUCGUCGACCGCGUCGCCGAUUCGUCCUACAUCAAGCGAUACGUCAUCGAUUCGGGCCGCUGGCUAGGGCUGCCGUUCGCGCCCCUGUGGGACCAACCGGGCUGUGACCGGGUGUUCUGGUGUAACCGUGUCGAGAACGCUCGGUAA